GAGAGAGAGAGAGAGAGAGAAUAAACCCAGAAAAAUCAAAGAGAGUUGUGCAGACAAAAGUACUAAGACUGAGCUGGAUGGACACAUCAGACACCAGCAGGAGACCCGGAGCAGAAAACCUUUGGAUUAUGUUUACAGUUGAAGAUGGAGGGUUGGUUUGGAAUGAUUCAGAUUGGAGCGGUUUUGGGUCAUGGGUAUGUUUGGGACUUUGCGUUGUGACUUUUCCUAUAUUUCCAUGUUCAUGUGCUAAUUUAAUGUUGGUGAUUUGGACAAAGACUCGUCUUUGAUGGAAUUGAAAACAUAACUUCAGUGUUACCUUCAGUCAGAAAAAGGUUUAAAGUUAUUUACCCAGAAAUCUCUCUCAUCUGUGAAUAAUGAGUCAAACGUCUAACAGCAGUGUGGCGGGGGGCAGCAGUGUGGGUGGUGUGUGGGUGACUCCAUUCCUGGGCGCCACACUGGUAACCAUGUGUAUUUUGGGCGUGGCAGGAAACCUGUACACCCUGGUCAUAAUGCACUCGACCACGUUACGGCGUGCCGGAUCCAUGUACGUCUUCAUUAUAAACCUGGCAUUGGCCGACUUGCUCUACCUGGGCACCAUCCCGUUUGUGGUGUGCACGUACUUCGCCCAUGAUUGGUUCUUUGGGGAAUUGGGCUGCAGGCUGCUCUUGAGCCUGGAUCUCCUCACCAUGCACGCCAGUGUAUUCGUCCUGGUCGCCAUGAGUCUAGAGCGAUACCGGGCCGUGGCGACCCCUUUCGGAGCGCGCCGUUCGACCAUCCGCGGUCACUGGCUGAUGGCGUUGGGCAUCUGGGCAGCGGCGUUCGUCCUGACAUUUCCCAUGAUGGUCAUGAUCCGUCUGAGAGAGGGGCGGCCGGGCGCGGUGGGGCUCGUCAAACGCAUCUGCUUUCCCACGUGGACCCCCGAGGCAUUCAAAGCUUAUCUCACCGCCCUGUUCGUCACCAGCAUGCUACUGCCCGGCCUGCUGAUGGUGGGACUCUACGCCGGUCUUGCCCGACACUACUGGGCAGCACAGAGCAGCCUGGCCCAGCGAGGGACGAGCGGAAGACGAUCUUCGACGUCCGUGCGGAGACGGAAACUGAAGCUCAGAGUUGUGGGAAUGAUCUUCUGUAUCGUGGUGGUGUACUGGGCGUGUUUCCUGCCUUUCUGGGGUUGGCAGAUGGCAAAGCUCUUUUCGUCCGAAUCUCUGCGUUCGCUGUCGCCUGCCGCUCACACGUACGUCAACUUCUUCGUUACCUGCCUGACGUACGGCAACAGCUGCAUCAACCCGCUGCUCUACACGCUGCUGACGCGUAACUACCGGGACUACCUGAGCCAGAGAGGUCAGUCCUCGUGUGGGAGUCGAGGUGAUCAGGGUUCGGCUGUGGCAAUCAAUGGCCUCCAGGAUCGUACAGGCUGAUAUUAAGAUGAGGUCAUGCUAUAGCAGUGGUCACCAACCUUUUCACGCCCAAGAUCCCCAACCUCAGCCUUGAUAAAAAGCAAGAUAUACCCAUCAAAGGGCCCAGACUGAACCUCCAACUUGAGGCGUUUAUUUAGGCUAAUUAUAUUUGAAUGACAUAUAAUGCCUUGAUCCAAUUUUCAAAUGUCAAGAAAACUCAUAAUAUUUAAAGGGGACAUUUCACAAGACUUUUUUUAAGAUGUCAAAUAAAUCUUUGGUGUCCUCAGAGUACAUGUGUGAAGUUUUAGCUCAAUAUCAUAUAAAUAAUUUAUUAUAGCAUGUUUAAAUUGACACUUUGUUAGGUGUGAGCAAAAGUGCAGCGUUUUGGGGUGUGUCCUUUAAAAUGCAAAUGAGCUGAUCUCUGAACUAAAUGUCAGUGUCGUGGUUGGAUAGUGCAGAUUAAGGGACAGUAUUAUUAUAAUAAGAUCCCCUUCUGACAUCACAGGGGGAGCCAAAUUUCAAUGACAUAUUUUUUCACAUGCUUGCAGAGAUUGGUUUACCGAAACUAAGUUACUGGGUUGAUCUUUUUCACAUUUUCUAAGCUAAUAGAAGCACUUGGGACCUAAUUAUAGCACUUAAACAUGGACAAAGUCUGAUUUUCAUGAUGUGUAUUCUUUAAAGUUUCCACUUUCCGUGUGGCAAAUUGAAUUGAAAACAUGCACCAUUGAUUGACACAGUUCUUUACAUUCUUAACAAACAAUAAUAGUGUAAAUAAUGUAAAAAAUCAACCUGUAGCUCUGUGUAAGAUGAACUGAAUUAAAGCAGUGUAUUUUGAUUAAACACAAUCUUUGAUCUCGUGGAUAUGAGGUGCGUUUUUAAUUUUGCUGUUUUAGCGACACAGAAUUAUAUACUGUAAAGAAAUUCAGCAUUGUUGUCAAAUCAACAUGUUUUUUGUUACUUUAACUUAAAAAAAUUAAGUUAAUCCAUUUUAAUUUUAUAAGUUAUGUUAUCACAGGUCAAAACUUAAAAUAGUAGUUUGAAUUGCAAGUCGUUUUAACUGUUUUUGUUUUACAGUGUAUGAUUAUUGUAGUAAGAUUUCAUCAUCAGUAUUCUGUCUCUUCUGUAUGAGAUCAAACCUUUAAACUCUUUAGCUCAUAAAGCAACAUGAGAAAUCCCAGACAGCAGUAGACUCCGGGGCAGAUCCGGGCUGAUGUCAGCAGCUCUGGUGCAGAUCCGCCCUGGACUCUGCUGCUGUCUGGGAUGUAUAGCGAACAUUCUUCUGUAUAUGACAACCUUAGUGGGUCACUUCUGUAAGCUGUUUAACCUUUUUUAAUAUCUGGUAUUUUUUAUGUUUGUUGUGUGUCUAAAUGAGUUUAUUUAUCAAAAUGUGUAAAUUAAAUAAAGUUCAGGUACAUUAAGCUGAAUGACAAAUUCAUUUUUAGUGUAG